CUCAGGUGGACAUUUCUCCUGAUGCUCAGCUCCCGGUCUUAGCGCCUCCAGGAGUGAACGACAUCUCUGUGGACCUCUGUCCUCCUCUGUAGCCGGGAGAGAGUAAAAGUGCGGCUCCAGUUCCCCAACUUGAACCGCGCCGCGACUAUGUCGGCGGAGACCGCGAGCGGCCCCACCGAGGACCAGGUGGAGAUUCUGGAGUACAACUUCAGCAAGGUCAACAAGCACCCGGACCCCACCACGCUGUGCCUCAUCGCGGCCGAGGCCGGCCUUUCCGAGGAGGAGACCCAGAAAUGGUUUAAGCAGCGUCUGGCUCAGUGGCGGCAGUCGGAAGGCCUCCCCUCAGAGUGCAGAUCCGUGACAGACUGAGGAGAUGGUGGGCUGGUGCCAGGAGCUUCCCUCCAUGAAGACCAUGCACCGUUUCUCUCAGCUUAACCAUCCUUUUUGUUUUUUCAGCAUAGUGCUAUGUGUUUCGUUGUUAGCUGUCCUGCUAUUUAACACGAUGUUGUAUUUUUUAAAUGUAUAUAACUAGGAAAGAAAAUAACUAUAGGAAGCUGUAUGUAGCUUCUGUGUAAAGCCAUGGCUGGGCUGAAAAGUGGCGGCGCUUGCAUUUCCUUUCGGGUCUUGAUGAUAGAUGGCAUGAAAAUCAUCUAAGUAUGCUUUUGACCAUCAUCUCCCCGUACGAGUUUAUUUUUACCAUCCAUUUCAGAGUAGGCAACGCCUCCGUUGAAAAGACGACAUGACCAAGAGGGGGAAGCAUUUCCUUCUGGUUCUAAUUCCCUAAGUUUUCCUUAUGUUGCAUUUAAUACAUGGAGAUUGAGAAUACAGAGGGAUAUUUGAGUCAUUCAGAUUUCAUAAAGCAGUUCCUUGGAUCAUAGCUGCAUUAACUUGAAAAGAACCCAGUUAGGCUGGAAGACAGAAACUCCAAUGGGCAGAAAAUCAAGUAACCAAGGGGGAAAAUAAAAUCCACAGGAGUAUUGAAUUUACCUUACUUAAAUGUAUUUGUUAAAUUUAUUUUACUAAACAAAAUGAACUGCUUUUUGUCUCUGAAAUGAUACUCUAAAUAAAAACCUCUUUGUUGAAAAUGCA